AUGGCCUCUCUACGGCCCUUGGCCGCGUCCCUCUGCAGGGCAGUCUCCACGAGGGGUGUCGCCUCUGUGCGGCAUAGCUCCUCAUCGACCUCUGCCAUCGCCUACAAGGCCCUUCGCCGUCGCUCUGCGCCUUUGCCCGUGAGCGACAGCCCUCCAGUCUGGUCUGCUCAGGCCGCCGUCUCCAACAUCCUCUACGAGACCCCGGUCCCUUCUACCGCUCCUCCCAAGCGCCACAUCCUCAACUGUCUGGUCCAGAACGAGCCCGGUGUCCUGUCCCGUGUCUCUGGUAUCCUGGCUGCCCGUGGCUUCAACAUUGACUCUCUUGUCGUGUGCAACACCGAGGUCAAGGACCUGUCCCGCAUGACCAUUGUCCUUACUGGCCAGGACGGCGUUGUCGAGCAGGCCCGCCGACAGCUUGAGGAUCUUGUCCCCGUCUGGGCUGUCCUCGACUACACCAACGCUGCUCUCGUCCAGCGUGAGCUUCUGCUCUGCAAGAUCAACAUCCUUGGCCCCGAGUACUUCGAGGAGCUCCAGGCCCACCACCGCGAGAUCGCUGCUGGUGACCUCGAGGUCGACUACGCCCAUGAGGCCAUCGAGCGCAGCCUGUCGGAUACCGCCAAGGACUUCCACCCCAGCAAGCUGGCCAUCAGCCAGGCUCUCCGACACAAGCACGAGCAUCUCAAGUCUAUCACCUACUUUGCUCACCAGUUCGGUGGCAAGGUUCUCGAUAUCAGCACUAACAGCUGCAUUGUCGAGAUUUCCGCCAAGCAGUCCCGUAUCGACUCGUUCCUCAAGCUGAUUGCCCCCUUCGGCAUUCUCGAGUCUGCCCGCACUGGUCUUAUGGCCCUGCCCCGAUCACCCCUGACUGAGGCUCCCGAGGAGACCAUCGUGAAGGAGGCUGACGAGGUUGUCGACGCCAGCCAGCUCCCCCCUGGCUAA